GUGAGGUUUGUGCUUGCCGACUGACUCGCCUCUCCCGUACAGCACUCACAUCCACGGUAAAGACGAGCUUUUUUUGGAAGGAAAACCUUUUCAUUUUUUAAAAAGCGAGGACCUACGUACACGUUGGAGCUGGAGAAAGGCGCAGCUGUGUUCUUUUUGUUUUCUCCUGUUUCCUCCCGCAACUGAAUGAAAAACGAAGUCAUGGAGAGAGAAUGGAUAGACGGUGCAGGUUCGGGGUUCGAUCUGUCAAUGUGAUUAGGUAAACGCUGUUUAAAGUGCACAAUUUCACUUUUAUUUCUUUACAAAAACAGGACAAGUAGAUCAGUUCUUCCUGAUUGCAACCCUCAGUCCUUUCAGACAUCCACACUUUGGUGCCUUUUCGGGGAAACUGCUAACUUUCUACUUAAAAAAAUAAACAAAAAAGAUCGGAUUGCAUUUUUUUCCUUUAAACAUUUUAGAGGUGAUGUCAUCGUCCUGUGUUUUGGCUGGUAUUGUGUCGGUGUUCUUGGAGAACAGCAACCAGGCAACCAGCGGCUAAGACGGCUGGGGAAGUCCGGGAAAUCAGGUGCAGAGAGCGGCUGUCAUUUCCGUGCUGUCGCGGGUGGCUGGGUCCGCCACCCAGUCACAGCUGUUCCCAUCCUCUCUAAACCCCCCUCCCUCUCUCCCUUUCCCCUCCUCGCUUUCAUUCAACUCUCUCCAUCUCUCUCUGAGCUGGACCACUCCGGGCUGUCCACCACUCUAUUGGACACUGUUGUUCGGUGUCCCCCGCACCAGAUAUUUCGUGACCCAUCGUGGGUUCGCAGCCAUGACCGAGCCCGCCCUACAGCAGCCGGCGCCCGCGGAGCCCCCUUCGACACGCCGACCUCACUUUCAGCCCACCCAGGUACUCCGCCUCCCGCAGCGCCUGACCUUGCCUCGCAGAAACUAGUGACCUUACCCGUGCUCCAACGUCCGUUCGGACUAUCGCGCCUCCCAUUCUUCUUUUGCCAUCCGUGUUCCUGUCUCAUUGAAAUUCGUCUGUAAUGUGGAAUUCUCUCAAAAAAGUUGACAAAGUCGGCCUAUAAGCUCUACUGUAGCAUCAAAACAACAGCAUCAACGUGGAUUACGCAAAAGACUACAAGGAGAAAGCAUCACCAUUCAAAUAGUUUGGAGUGGUUUCGCAAUUGAAACGUGGCGGGGCUGUCGAUUGAAGUGGAGUCUCGUUGAAACGUGAACGCGCUUUCACCUGUUCCUCUUCAGCCUGGAGGCGCGCAGCUGUUUGAUGUCCUAACCUCUCACGGCGUUCCGGCCCUCUACGCUGCACGGGCCGCUGUGACAGCUGAGAGGUAGCACUCAGGUGCCAGUGGCACGGCCACUCAGCCCCACAUCCCGCCUUGACCGCACCAUAAUACCCGCCCCCUCCGGGGGAACCGGGGCACACCGCCGAUGCCAACGGGAGUGCCCGCUGACUCUUUGACCUUUCAUCCAGAACAGCGGAUUAUAAACACACAAGUGAACUAUCCGGACUGUCGGACCGGCUCUGAUCGAGCAAGGGGACUGACUCUGGGCGAAGUUCUGUAGUGGAGAAGGGAAGCGAUGCGGUCCCUUUUCUCCACGCUGGCUGUCUUAUGUAUCCAGAUGUUGCUGGUGAUGUGUAAUCCACUGCAGCAGGUCUUCGCCAUGGAUGGGGUUAACUUCAGCGUGCACGUGGAGAACCAGACCCGGGUGAGAGACGCUAUGAGCCGGCGGCAACACCGGGUCUACCAGCUCUAUAGCCGUACCAGCGGCAAACACGUCCAAGUGCUGGGAAGACGCAUCAGCGCCCGCGGAGAGGAUGGAGACAAAUAUGCCCAGCUCGUAGUGGAGGCUGACACCUUUGGUAGCCAGGUGAGAAUCCGCGGCAAAGAGACCAACUUCUACCUGUGCAUGAAUCGCCGUGGCAAGCUGGUGGGAAAGAAGGCCAGUAAUAAAAGUGAAGAUUGCGUGUUUGUGGAGAAGGUUCUGGAGAACCACUACACAGCGCUGAUGUCGGCACGCUAUUCUGGCUGGUACGUGGGCUUCACUAAGCGGGGGCGGCCUCGCCGAGGCCCCCACACAUUGCCCAAUCAGCAGGACGUCCACUUUAUGAAGCGCUUCCCGCCUGGGGAGUACCCCGAAACCACACCGUUCCGCUUUACAACUGUCAACAAGAGGAGCAAGAGGGUCCGUGCCACCGGACCCCGCUAGCAGCUACUUCUAACCCUCCAUCCACUGCCCGCUGUACCUGCUUACCGACUAACCUCUGAUGGAAGUCCUUCCUCUGGACUUUAAAACAACUAACUGGCCAAGUGGCCAAUUAGUGCCAUUGGACCCAUCCACUGCAACUGUAUCUGAAGUCAUUCCAUAUUGGACGAGUGCUACACCCACAAUUUUGACCGACAGGCCCAAACUAACGCUUCCCACUACUGAGAAAAUAUGUACUGUCCUCUGGACUCUGACUGGUGGGCCAACUAACUGGGAUAGUGCCGCGGUUACACCAACUCAUUUUACAUUUGGCCUGGCUGGCUGUCACUGCCCCACGCUCCAGCUCCUCUGUCCACUGACUGAAGGCAACUAGCUCAACCCUAACUCUGAUAUCACAGCUAGCCUGUCGACCUGGCCAACUCUAUAACAAGGCCUUGAAAAGUAGCUUUCAGGCUUUCCACCUCGUGUGGGCCUUUUUUUCCCUUUCAAUCCCCAAGCUUGAACUUAAUGGUUCGAUUGCACUAUCUCUUAGACUUGGCCAGUUAAGCUCUGCUUUAGAAAAACCUACAAAAACCAGGCACAUGGCUGGUUUAGUGCAAACAACUGUGUUAAAGUAAACCUGACGAAUAUGUUAAAAGAAAAAAUUUGUCAUGUUUUCCUGGAACUAAACGUGUGAACUAAUUUUGAGUGUUAGCAUGUAGCUACUGCUUAAGUCUCACAGGCUCGGACGGUAGCUAACUGGCACUGUCCAGAACUAGACUAUACCCACUAAUCGACGAAAGGACAGGGAGAGGAUGGACAGGCAGGGGGACGGAGGAACCACGCGAGAGCGUGGUGCAACACGUGGUGGAACAGGAUAGCCACAGGACGUUAGUGGUGGAGUCAAGCCACAGGAACACCAGCAGAACAGACUCACUGCUUUGACACACUUCUCUGUCUCAGCCGUUUGGCAAGGAGAAUCUGCGAGGCCCGGGUUAAAUGAAUUAAUUGAAAGAAUGUGAAUGUAUGUACAGUAUAUGUGUGUAUGUGUGUGUUUAGAGUACCAAAGACCAUUUGUGAAGCUGUUUAGGGGGAAUGUGGAGAGAGACUAGAGGCCUCAGUUAGCACUCUAUAACAUCCCCCAACAUCUCACUCAAAGGACUGAAGCUUUAAGAACUGGAAUGUAAAAAGCUGCACCAAAAAACAAAUCUAACAAGCACCAAAGACAACUGGAGACCAGUGACAUGACACCUCCCUAAAUCCCACCCCCAGGACAAAAUACUCUCUUCUUAUAGGGCCAGAGGGUGAUGACGUGUGGGAGGUUGCCUUCUCUUCAUAUUAGCAUUGCUAUAGAAACGACCCAGGGGAUGAUGCUCCUGUGCGAAUCCAUGGAUACAGAAUGCUGCUACCAGGACAUUCAGUGGUAAACCAAAGUCUCAUACACAAAAUAUUAAAGGGAACAAUUUAUUAAAAGUUAUAUAUAUAAAGAUGACAAAAAAACGAAAAUAGCGAUCUUACUAUGAUUGUUACUAUAAUUGUUGUUAUUAUAAAAUUAUUUCACUUAUUUAUUUCAGAUCUGUGUGCAGCGGUCUUUCUAAAGUCAGUAAAUCUUACAGAAUCAUGUCUCCUGUGUCAUUUAAACUGUCCAUACACAGUUAAAUCACCCUUCGUGACCAUCACUCAAAAAUAUUUACUUAUGCUUCCUUAUCAUCUGCCAUUUUGCUAAUUAUUUUCCAGGACAGGUCAGUUCUUCCCCUUCUCAGAUGUUAUAUUUUCUUUGGGGCGGCAAAGCUUCCUUUUUUGGAAAUGUAUUAAUGACAACAUAUAUGCCCCAAUUUCCUGAACAAAGACAAUAUUUCCUACUCUACCAACCAAUAUGUCAGGCCGUAGGCCCGCUAUGCUUCUGCAAAGCUGCAGAAUCCCAGUGGUCAUUCCUGCGCUCAAUCCCAUGACAUGCCUACACCUGCCGUAACCACACCAACAGUUCAGCACUCCCGCAAGGUUUCACCGUACUGUCACUCCAGUACGGCUGUGACUGUAAGAGUCCACUUGACUUGUUCCUCUUGGGUUCUAUACUUCAGCCUCCUACGUCCCUCUUUCCUUUGGCCUCCUAACAGUCACUCAAUCUCCUUAGUUUCAGAAGUUUGAUAUUAAGGGAACCCCCUCAAACCCACCCCACAAAACAGAUCAGUGAAGAGAUGUUGCUGCCAAAUGAACCAAUCACAUCCACAGACGGCAGAUCCGAGCUGACUCAGAGGGAAAAAGGGCUGUAUCCGAGGAUUCCGAGACAGGGGCAGGAGAGCGAGGAAUCCGAACUGUGUG